AUGUCUACUGAAAUCUUCGUCGAUGGUAUUUGUGAAUUUGAUGAUAAGUCAAUUCAGUCAUAUUUCUCCCGGUUUGGUUCUCGCAUAGUACAUUACGAAUGUCAACGUCAUCGUCCAACCAACGCUUGUUGCUUUGCAGUGAUAACGUUCGCGUCGCAUCAUACAGUGAAUGCCAUACUUCGUAAACGACCGCAUUCAAUCAAUUCGUACCCAUUGUUUGUUAAACGAUUGCUUCCAUUGACUAUUUGUUCAUUUUCCGAACGUCUCUUACCUGUGACAAGUUUGUUUGUUCAAAAUCGGAUUACGAAAGAACUUGAAGAAGGAAAUUUGAAGAAAUACUUUGAAACAUUUGGCGAAAUAUUAAGAUUUGAACGUGAUUCAAAACAAAAUCGAUUGAUCAUUGAAUUCAAAGAUUACGACUCGAUCGAUCGAAUCUUUUUAAAUAAAGAUCAAUUGCCACAGUUCAUCGAAGUACAUAAAAAUCUUUCACCACGUUUACAAAAUCAAAUACGGUACCACGGCACAUGUCGUCCGAAAGAGCAACAACCGAAAUUCAAUAACAAAGAAAAGGAACAUUACCAAGAUUUAUUACAAAAAACCAUUGGAGAAUUGGCGAAAUGUAAAGCCCAAUUGAGAAAUACUGAAAGGGAUUAUCUGAUCCUUCAAAUGAAAUAUACGACAAUGAAAAAGAAAUAUGAUCGUAUAAAUCAACGUUUAACUAAUGAAAAUGAAUGUCAUACGCGUGAAGAAGACCAACAAAGUCGAAAGUCGACGACACAUCCUAAAUAUGUUUUAUCAAAACGAUUAAAUAACAGUUCAAUACACAAGCAUCAAGAAAGUUCAACAACACAAUCGAAUACGCCAGAUGAUAUUUUUAAACAAGUUCAAUCUCUAUCAGCUAUGAUUCGGCCAUGUGAACAAAAAUAUCGAUCCACAUAUCGGUAUGAACCGGUUCGAAAUGAUCAACAAUAA